CAAGUCAAUGUUACGUGACGAUAAAGUUCAUAAUGGGUUAUCGCUGGUGAUAAAAUAAUACUUGCGUUUAUGUAAAAGGAAAACGAACUGUGUUCAAUUAUUCUAGUCAAUACAAUUGAUAUUUCAUCAUCAUGAACAACAAGCUGUUACAAAUCUGUUUUUACGACGCUGCUAAGAAAUUUCAGAGGUUUUCACUACAAAGCUUGAAGAGCUCAUCAUUGACAGUACAGGCCAAAACCGGCCUUCAAAAAACUUUUCCAGCCAGAAGUUAUAGUACAGCAGCAGCCAUGGACAAGAAAUUGAUGAACGGGAACUUGUGGGAUACGGAUCCGGAGCUGUUCGACAUCAUUGUGAAGGAGAAGAAGCGACAAGAGGCGGGGCUGGAGAUGAUUGCUUCAGAGAAUUUCACCUCUGUUCCGGUGCUCCAGUGUUUGAGCUCAUGUCUCCACAACAAGUAUUCUGAGGGCAUGCCAAACCAAAGAUAUUAUGGAGGCAAUGAAUAUAUUGAUGAAAUUGAAAUUUUAGCUCAACAGCGCUCUCUACAGACUUACAGGCUCAAAGCGGAAGAAUGGGGAGUGAAUGUGCAGCCCUACUCAGGCUCCCCAGCCAACUUUGCGGUGUACACGGGUGUGGUGGAGCCCCACGGCCGCAUCAUGGGACUGGACCUGCCUGAUGGUGGACAUCUCACCCAUGGCUUCUUCACCCCUACUAAGAAGAUUUCAGCUACCUCAAUCUUCUUUGAAAGCAUGCCAUACAAAGUGGACCCCAAGACCGGUCUGAUAGACUACGACAAGCUAGCAGAGACCGCUCGGCUGUUCAAGCCCCGCCUCAUCAUCGCCGGCAUCUCGUGCUACUCGCGCUGCCUCGACUACAAGCGCUUCCGGCAGAUCGCUGAUGAGAACGGCGCUUACCUCAUGGCCGAUAUGGCUCAUAUCUCAGGAUUGGUUGCAGCAGGUGUGAUCCCCAGCCCGUUCGAGUACUGCGACAUAGUAACCACGACCACCCACAAGACCCUCCGCGGGCCGCGCGCCGGCGUGAUAUUCUUCCGCAAAGGAGUGCGCUCGGUGAAAGCCAACGGAGACAAAGUGAUGUAUGACUUCGAGUCCAAGAUCAACCAGGCUGUGUUCCCGGGUCUGCAGGGUGGACCCCAUAACCACGCCAUCGCGGCCAUCGCCACGGCCAUGAAGCAAGCUCAAGCUCCUGAGUUUGUGGAGUACCAAAAGCAGGUGAUCAAGAACGCGCAGCGCCUGUGCGCCGGGCUGGUGGCGCUCGGCUACGACAUCGCGACCGGCGGCACCGACGUGCACCUCGCGCUGGUGGACGUGCGCGGCGCCGGCCUGAGCGGCGCGCGCGCCGAGCGCGUGCUGGAGCUGUGCGGCGUGGCCUGCAACAAGAACACCGUGCCCGGCGACAGGAGCGCGCUCAACCCCAGCGGCAUCCGGCUCGGUACCCCCGCCCUAACAACCAGAGGCUUCAAAGAGGAACACAUGGACCGAGUGGUAGACUACAUUGACAAGGCCCUCAAGCUAGGACAAGAGGUCACGAAAAUCUCCGGCCCCAAGCUGGCCGACUUCAACAAGGUCAUUGAGGAAAACAAUGACGUCAAAUCCAAAGUUCAUAAGCUUAAAGAGGAGAUUGAGAACUUUAGUAGAUCUUUCCCCUUGCCGGGUCUUGAGAGGUACUAAU